AUGCGUCAUGAAAGUAAAGAAGGGCAAUCGAUGGUUCUCAAAUCUUGGUCACAGAGCAAGUUCAUGAUUGAUAGUACUCCACAUGCAGUUCUCGUUUCUAGCUGGUGUAAGUUCCCCUUUUAUGAAGUUGACUUUGGUUUUGGAAAGCCUAUGUGGGUAACAACCGGGAGCAUGCCGGCAAAUAAUUGGACAAUUUUGAUUGACGGAAUGGGAGGUGGUGGAAUCGAUGCAUAUGUUGGUAUGGAACUUAAAGACGAGCCUUAUUUGGAAGAGGCUUUAGACAUGAAAGUUAUCGAUACCUAA